AUAAAGUGGGGAAUCCUGACGGACUAUAUAUUCGAUUACAGCGGGAUUUCUGCUGAUCAAGUGGACCUGAAUAUUGUAGUGCAUUGCGAAAAAUACCUACGUCACCUUGUGGAUCUGCUCAACAAAACGUCCCCCAGGACAACUGCCAAUUACCUGACUUGGCGUUUUGUCGCCAAAUACCUGCCAUACCUGGAUAUUCAUUUCCGGCGACUCUUCUACGAUUUCCGGCGCGAGGUACCCAACUUGUCAGAGGAGCGGACUUUUUUUGCUAGGUGGAAAGAAUGCGUUCAUCUCGUCAACGAUGGUUUCGGAAUGGCUCUGGCGUCUCUUUAUGUUAAACAAGAAUUUAAUGAAGAAUUAGAAAAUGAAAUUAAAACGUUAAUUUCAUCUUUAAAAGAGGCUUUUGUACGUGGUAUAAAACAACAGUCUUGGUUGGAACAUGACACACAAAUUUUAUGUGAAGAAAAAGUAGCAGCCAUGGGCACCAAAAUUGGAUUUCCGAGAUAUAUUCUUGAUCCUGUACAGUUAGAUACAGACUAUUCUGGGCUUGAAAUAUCGGAAGAACAUUUCUUAGGAAACAUACUUAAAAUGAAUCGGUAUGAAGUUAUUAAAGAAUUGACCAAGAUGACAAGGACAGUAGACAAAGAAAGAGAUUGGUUUGUGCAGCCUCUUGUUGUCAAUGCCUUCUACGAAGCAACGGGAAAUGCUGUUAUUUUUCCCAUUGGAAUCCUGAGAUCACCGAUUUUUACACCAAACCGACCAAAGUACUUGAAUUAUGGAAUGCUGGGAAUAGUAAUUGGGCAUGAAAUAACACAUGCUUUUGACAACAACGGUAGGAAGUUCGAUAAAGUGGGCAACUUGACUCAAUGGUGGCCAGAUGACAUCAUAGAAAAGUUCAAGGAGCGAGCUGUCUGCUUCGUUGACCAAUACGCACAGUUGCCUAUAGAUAUGGUGGGGCAGAAU